AUGGCAAAAACUCCCAAAGAUCCCAGUUCAGACCCAACCAGUCCUCUCUUUCUUCAUCAUUCCGAUGGCCCUGGCCUUGUUCUCACCUCCCAGCCACUCGAUAACAAAAAUUACACAGCAUGGAGCCGUGGUAUGUUGGUGGCCGUUUCCGUAAAGAACAAGAUUCCGUUUGUUGCGGGUUCUCUUCCAAGACCUGCUGCUGAUGACCCUACAUACGCUGCGUGGAUUCGUGGGAACAAUGUAGUUAUCUCUUGGCUCUAUAAUUCUGUUUCCAAAGAAAUUAUAACCAGCAUACUAUUUGCAAAUACCGCCAACGAAAUUUGGGACGAUUUGAAAUCAAGAUUCUCCAGAAAAAUGGUCCUCGUAUAUUUCAACUCAGGAGGCAACUUACAUCUCUUCAACAAGGAACUGAUGAUGUGA